AUGGAGUUCGCCAUGGGGGCCAUUGGCUCCUUCCUCCCCAAGCUCAGCGAGCUUCUUGGUGACGAGUACACGCUUCAGAAGAGCGUGAGGAGGGACUUCGAGUAUCUCCAGAGGGAGCUGCAGAGCAUGCACGCUGCCCUGAGCGUGGUGGCGGCGGUGCCCCGGGAGCAGCUCCAGGAGCUGGACAGGCUUUGGGCCAGUGAUGUCAGGGAGCUGUCCCAGGACAUAGAGGAUGUUAUUGACACCUUCCUCGUUCGCAUCGAGGGCCCUGCAUCUGAGCCUCAGCUAGCAUCUAACCCCAAAUGCUUCAAGGGCCUUCUAGUGAAGAUGGCAGACCUGCGCAAGAAAUUCUGGGCUCGCCAUCAACUUGCCACCGCCAUUAAAGACAUCAAGGACCAGGUGCACGAAGUGGCCAACCGAGAUGGAAGGUACAGGGGUCCUCAUGGUGUGGUUGCUAGUCUAACUGCCGCUGCUACCACACGGGUAACGACCACCGUCGAUCCUCGCCUGAUAGCUUUGUAUGGAGCCCAGAAAAACAUUGUUGGCAUUGCUGAUGCAAAGGCUGAGGUUAUGACGAAGCUCUUUAAAGGGGAUGAUGUAUCCAGGAAACAACUCAAGAUACUCUCGAUCGUUGGAUUUGGUGGAUUGGGUAAGACAACUCUUGCUAAUGCAGUUUAUAGUGAGCUUUCAGGGCAAUUCGAUCGCAGGGCAUUUGUGACAGUGUCUCGGAAUCCUGAUGUCAAAAAGGUCCUCAGGGAUCUUCUGUAUGAACUUGAUAAUCCAAAGUUUUGUGAAUUGAGUGGAGCAACGCUGUUGGAUGAAAGACAGCUCAUCGAUCAACUCAGAAAUUCACUUCACACCAUAAGGUAUUCCAUCGUCAUUGAUGAUCUAUGGGACGUACAAGCAUGGGAAACAAUUAGAUAUGCUAUGGCGGAUAGUAAUUGUGGAAGCAGAAUAAUCACUACAACACGAAAUCUUGAUGUCUCUAAAGCAUGUUGCUCUUCUAACAAUGAUAUAAUUUACAACAUGAAACCUCUCUCUGACGAUGAUUCCCGAAUUCUCUUCUAUAAAAGAAUAUUUCCAAGUGAGACUGGGUGUCCUCAUGAAUUGGAGCAAGUGUCCAGAGAGAUCUUGAAGAAAUGUGGUGGGAUACCAUUAGCCAUCAUAACUCUAGCUAGUCAUUUGGCUGGUGAUCAACAUAUAAAACCAAAGGAUGAAUGGGAUGCUUUGCUCAACUCGAUUGGACGUGGACUUACAAGAGGUGGGGGUGUGGAGGAAAUGAGACGGAUACUAUCUCUUAGCUAUUAUGAUAUCCAUUACAAUUUGAAGACUUGUUUACUAUAUCUAAGUAUAUUUCCAGAAGACACUAAAAUUAGUAAAGAUAGAUUGAUCAGGAGAUGGAUAGCUGAAGGUUUUUUGCAAGGUGAAAAUCAUGGAACUAACCUAAUUGAUCUUGGAGAGAGUUACUUCAACACGCUCAUAAAUAGAAGCAUGAUCCAACCAGUAGGCAUCAAUGUUGAAGGCAGGGCAAGAGCCUGUCGUGUGCAUGAUAUGAUGCUUGAUCUCAUAUGUGAGUUGUCAAGUGAAGAAAACUUUGUCACAAUAUUGGAUGUUAUCAAGGGAGGCACACCUUUUAGAAGAAAGAUCCGCAGGAUGUCCCUCCAAAAGAGCAUUGCAGAGAUCACCCCCACUCGGCUAGCUCACACAAGCAAGUUAGAACAAGUGAGGUCCUUUUCUGUUUUUAGUUCUGCUGCUAACCAGAUGCUUCCACUUUCAAGAUUUCAAGUUUUACGUGUAUUGGAUCUAGAAGGUUGUAAUCUUCGGGGGAGUCAUCAUCAUCUUAAUCUUCAGAGCAUCGGGAACUUACUACACUUGAGGUACCUAGGGCUGAGGGGUACAUCGGCUCAUGAGCUCCCUAGGGAAAUUGGAAAGCUACAGUUUUUGCAAAUACUAGAUGUGCGAAAAACUUGGGUGAAGUUGCCAUCGAGUGUUGUGUCUCUAGGGCAUUUGAUGUGCCUGUAUGUUUCACCGGCUAUACAAGUGCCAAUAGGGUUGAGGAAUCUGACAUCCCUUGAAGAGCUGACCGGACUAUCUGUGGGACGUUAUUGUGUAGACAUUGUGAAGGAGUUGGGCCAUCUCACCAACCUAAGGACACUUGACAUUUGUUGGGGAGGCUCGGAGAAAAAGGAAGAUCAUGAGGACCAAGCUUUGGUGGAGUCCCUGCACAAUCUGCGCAACCUGUGGUCUCUCGAGAUUCGUGGUAUGGGUGAGCAUGUCUAUCUGAGUCAGGACUGGUUACCCCCUCCACACCUCCAUACACUUGUGUUACGAGUAUGGCUACAGAAACUACCAACAUGGUUUGGUUCCUCGUCACUUCUUCCCCUCCUCUCCCACCUGCAUAUAAACAUCCGUGAAGCGAGGCUGGAGGACAUUCAGACCCUAGGGAUGCUUCCAGCUCUCCGGGUUGUCUUCCUCAGGGCAAGUGUCAACCUUGCCACUGAACAGUGUGAUGUGGAGAAGUUUGUGCUUAGCACUGAUGCAUUCCCUUGCGCAAGACAGUGCCAUUUCCUUAAUGUUACAAUGGUGCCAUCUAAUUUUCCACAAGGAGCUAUGCCUAUGGUUCAGUCCCUUCGGUUCAGUUUCCGGGUGUUGGACAUCCUAAGUGGGGACUUUGACUUGAGCAUGAGGAACCUCCCUUCGCUAGAGGACAUCUACAUCGACUAUGAUAUGAAGAAAGCCAGGCGUGAGGACCGUGAACGAGCCCAGGAUAUGAUGAGCCGUGUGUUGAAGGAACAUCCCAACCGUCCUUCGCCCUAUCCCAGUUUUCAUUGUGAGGAAGCUAGCAGGAGGUGA